UGGAGUCACUCCGGGAGCUGGACGGGAGCCUGGCGGGGUCAGCCCCCGACGAGCUGCCUGGCGCAUGGCUGUGUGGGGCCUGGGAGGCCGCCUUGGCCUGCGCGGGGGUGUCGGCGCCGGUGGGCUACUGUGUCCUCGUUUCCAGAGCCACCGCCCCCAGGGCGUGCAAGACGGGGACGGGUCACAGUCUUCCUUGAAGACACCCAAGAUCCCCAAGAUAUACACCAAAACAGGAGACAAAGGGUUUUCUAGCACCUUCACUGGAGAAAGGAGACCUAAAGAUGACCAAGUGUUUGAAGCCGUGGGAACUACGGAUGAAUUAAGUUCAGCCAUUGGGUUUGCUUUGGAAUUCAUCGCAGAGAAAGGCCACCCAUUCGCUGAAGAGCUUCGGAAAAUCCAGUGCUCGCUGCAGGAUGUCGGCUCUGCCCUGGCGACACCGCGCUCCUCGGCCAGGGAGGCUCACUUAAGACAUGCCGUGUUCGAGGCAGGGCCCAUCCUGGAGCUGGAGCAGUGGAUCGACAAGUAUGCCAGCCAGCUGCCCCCGCUCACGGCCUUUAUUCUGCCGUCCGGAGGCAAGGGCAGCUCCGCGCUACACGUCUGUCGGGCCGUGUGCCGCCGAGCAGAGAGACGCGUGCUACCUCUUGUCCAGAUGGGUGAGACGGACGCUAAUGUGGCCAAGUUCUUAAACAGACUCAGCGACUAUCUCUUCACGUUAGCCAGAUACACGGCCAUGAGAGAGGGGAAUCAGGAAGAAAUAUACAAGAAAAAUGACCCGUCAGAGCGAGCCUGAGGCACGUGGAAAUAAUGCAGAGGGGGAGCAAAGGGGGAGAUUGGCAGACCCCUCGGAGGUGAAGAGUUUGUCCUUCCUGUCCUGAUUCCUGAAGAUCUCAGCCAAGGGGGCUGGGUGAGACUCCUGGCUGCUCCCCUAGGCUCUCCCGGGUCGUGGAGGAAGUGGGAACGAAUGAACUCGGUAUUGCAGAAAAUAAGGUAAAGUGAUUGCUGUGCAAGGAAGAGCCACAUAGAAAAAAAAUAAAAGUGGGAAAAGCUCGAGCCAUGUGCGCGUGCACGUGCGUGUGUUGAGAGAGCCCUUCCGCUGCGGGCUCAGGUGGUGUAAGGAUUUGGAGCGGUACCAGAGGCCCCUGGAAAUGGAACUGUGAUUUAGCCAUGCCACAGGGGCUGUAAGUGUCACGUUCAUAAAGGGGAAGGCACACAGGGUUUGGAAGUUCGAGCCCCUCUGAGCCACCUUCCCCGCCUGUGUCGGGGGAAGGACAGCUGCAGACACAUGAGGUGCGUGUGGCAGGAGUGCAGUCCAGAGAACCCCCCCCUCCCGGCAGGGAGCCUUCCUCCCUCGGUGGGGGGCGGGGGGCUGAGGGACAAGGGGCAGAGACCCUGGUGAGAGCACAGCACUGCUCAGAGGAGGACUUCCUUCUCUGCUGGUCUCGGCCUCUGAGAUCCGUGCCACGGCUGUGUUUUAUUUCUCUUGUCACCCCUGCUCCCCCCCAAACGACCCUGCCAGGGCCAGCUGUGUCCUUGGGAAGGGGAUAUUUAUGCAGGGCAGGGAGGCGGCCCGAGAAUGUGGAGACUGCACGCCGCUAAUUGCAGGAAAUGACUCGGGAAGGGCAGGCUCUCGCGACCUGUCAGGGCCCAGACGCCUGGCGGACUCUGUGCGGCUCUCACUCCGUCACCGAGCCCCUGCUCAGCGCCAGGCCCCAGCUCGGGCUCGGGGAGCCUGCUCACCCUGGCUGUCCUAGCCAGCGGCUCCGCGACGGCAGCGACCACCGGUCACGUGCAGACUUGGGCUCUCACUGUCACCGCUGUGCCGGCGAGUUUUGCCGAAGGAACAGGUGCAUGGCAUCCUGCUGGCUCGCUCCCUCGGUUCCCGGCAGGCCGAGGUGCCGGCGCGCACGGGUGAAGGCGAAGGCCCUCCCAGUGGUUAGCGCCAGGUCUGGGCCUCGGCAGGCACUCAGUGCUGGGGAGCGGAGCGGAGCGCGGCACCAGCACGACCGAGGGGCUCAGCACUCAGGCCGGGCCAGGGAGGUGCGCACCCCGGGAGCUCGCAGCGACCCAGGCCACUCACUCCGGAUCUUCCUGCAAGGAGCAGGACGUAGAUAGCGGAACAACAUUCCCCCCCCCCCCCGGCUCCUAGGGGUGGUCAGACACCCUACAAAGGACGAGAGGAGCAGUUUGAGUAAAGACAGCAUCAAGUGAGGCUUCGAAACAAAGCAGUUGGCCUCUUGCCAAAUCCCGGCCCCACCUGCCCUUGCGGCGGUGCAGGCCUGACGUUCGCUCUUUUCUCUCCGGGUCCCCAGGCCCCCCCUCAGCCACCUCCUCCCGAGGGCAGACAUCCCCUCACACAGGCCCAGGUGCAGGGCCGACUUGGCAGCUCUGCAGGGGCCGCAUGCGUGGCCAGCCUGGGGAAAGCAGCAGGCCUGCUUUGCGGGCCCGGACAACGGACUGGGUUGGCGCGCUGGCGCGUCUGCAGGGCCUUACAGAGCCACAGUGGAGCCCGAAGCAAAAGGAAACCUGCGUACCCCUGCGUGCACGCCUGCACUCGCCAAAAUAGCCUCCCGUGUCUGGAACCUAGUGGGAAACGUCAACACAAAGCUCCACUGUCAAAACACACGACUAAGGAUGAGGCCUGCGGUGCCCGAUCUGUUUGCACACCGCUGUCAACGCUCGCAAGGGACGGCCCCCUUGCACGCUAGGGCAGGGCCGGGAAAGAAACAGCGGGCAGCUUUUAUUGAAAAUUUCCACACCUCGGGGCGCCUGGCUGGCCCAGUCGGAGGAGCGUGCGACUCUUGAUCGCGGUCGGAAGUUCGAGCCCCGUUGGGCAGAGAGAUUACCUAAAAAUAAAAAUUAAAAAACCUGUGAUUCCUCAUUGAUCAUA